AUGUCCGACCACGAGUUUGCCGGCAACGACGAGCUCAGCCUCCCCAAGGCGACCGUUCAAAAGAUUGUGACUGAAAUUCUGCCGCCCUCGAGCGGGUCCGUCUUCUCCAAAGAGGCACGCGAUCUCCUCAUUGAGUGCUGCGUCGAAUUCAUCACCCUGAUCUCGUCCGAAGCCAACGAGAUAUCAGAAAAGGAGGCCAAGAAGACGAUUGCGUGCGACCACAUUACCAAAGCUCUGGAGCAGCUUGGGUUUCUUGAUUACGUGCCCGCCGUUGUGGACGCCGCCGCCGAGCACAAGGAAGUGCAAAAGGGUCGGGAGAAGAGGGGCGACAAGCUUGCGCAGAGUGGCCUUUCACUCGAAGAGCUCGAACGGCUACAGCAAGAGCAGUUUGCGCAGGCAGCCGCGCGGCACAGCUAA